GGGCUCGGUGGGGAGAGGAGGCGUUGGGUCCGUUUGUAUUAAGUACCCAACGGUGGUGAGCUCGGAAAUGACAGCCCACAGCACCCGCCGCGUGUAAACCCCAGGGCAGAAGGGGCGUAUCGUCUCAGGACCGCUGGCCUCGGACUCCGCAGGUCACAGCUCAGCUGCUGGGCCCACAGUGCCCCUCCCCCCAACAGCCUCCUUUCUAAGCUCCACCUUGGGGCGGCAGGUGCGGCAACUCGCCGCCACCCCGCCCCCUACCCGCCCCAAAGGCACUCUGGGGCCGGGAUGGGGGAGGUGGGGGGAGGUGUGGUGGAACUGCGAGACUCCAGCGGCGGGCGCUCCCCUCCAAGCACCCAGGGAUCUCGGAGCUCCGCUGUUUCCUGUGCUGUAGCUCCCGUUUCGGCGGCGCCGGUGGCAGCCCUGGCGGAGGCAGGAGCGAUGGCAGCGACCGAUAUAGCUCGCCAGGUGGGUGAAGGUUGCCGAACUGUCCCCCUGGCUGGACAUGUGGGGUUUGACAGCUUGCCGGACCAGCUGGUGAAUCAGUCAAUCAGCCAGGGCUUCUGCUUUAACAUCCUGUGUGUGGGAGAGACAGGUUUGGGCAAGUCCACCCUCAUGGACACCCUGUUCAACACCAAGUUCGAGGGGGAGCCAGCCACCCACACACAGCCGGGUGUCCAGCUCCGGUCCAAUACAUAUGACCUUCAAGAAAGCAACGUGGGGCUAAAGCUCACAAUUGUUAGCACAGUGGGCUUCGGGGACCAGAUCAACAAGGAGGACAGCUACAAGCCCAUUGUGGAAUUCAUCGACGCCCAGUUUGAGGCGUACCUGCAGGAGGAGCUGAAGAUUCGCAGGGUACUGCACACCUACCAUGACUCCCGCAUCCACGCCUGCUUGUACUUCAUCGCCCCCACGGGUCAUUCCUUGAAGUCUCUGGACCUGGUGACGAUGAAGAAGCUGGACAGUAAGGUAAACAUCAUCCCCAUCAUUGCCAAAUCAGAUGCCAUUUCUAAGAGUGAGCUAACAAAGUUCAAAAUCAAAAUCACCAGCGAGCUUGUCAGCAAUGGAGUCCAGAUCUACCAGUUCCCUACAGAUGAUGAAUUGGUGGCAGAGAUCAACGGAACCAUGAACGCCCACCUGCCGUUUGCUGUCAUUGGCAGCACAGAAGAACUGAAGAUAGGGAACAAGAUGAUGAAGGCACGGCAGUAUCCCUGGGGCACGGUGCAGGUUGAAAAUGAAGCCCACUGCGACUUUGUGAAGCUGCGGGAGAUGCUGAUCCGGGUCAACAUGGAGGACCUCCGGGAGCAGACCCACAGCCGGCACUAUGAACUGUACCGCCGCUGUAAGCUGGAGGAGAUGGGCUUUAAGGACACCGACCCCGACAGCAAGCCCUUCAGUUUGCAGGAGACAUAUGAGGCCAAAAGGAAUGAGUUCCUAGGGGAGCUCCAGAAAAAAGAAGAAGAGAUGAGACAGAUGUUCGUCCAGAGAGUCAAAGAGAAAGAAGCUGAACUUAAAGAGGCAGAAAAAGAGCUGCAUGAGAAGUUUGACCGUCUGAAGAAACUACACCAGGACGAGAAGAAGAAACUGGAGGAUAAGAAGAAAUCCCUAGAUGACGAAGUGAACGCUUUCAAACAGAGAAAGACGGCAGCUGAGCUGCUCCAGUCCCAGGGCUCCCAGGCUGGAGGCUCACAGACUCUGAAAAGAGACAAAGAGAAGAAGAAGUCUAAGGUGGUUCACCUCUCCAUGCAUGGAGCCCCCCCUCGCGCCCCCCCCCCCUUCAGUUCUCACGGCUGCGGCCAACAGAGUUCAAGUGCUGCUGCUGAAGGCUGCAACCUGGUCCUGAUUUCUCACCCCUUCCGGUCCCUCCCUCUUGGCUGCUUGGUUGUUCCCAGCCUGGGGUACCAGGGACUUGGUGGGGAACCCUCAGAUGCUAGUAUCGUCCGCGGGCACCACCCUCCACCCCGGGGGUGACUGUACAGUCCAUCUGUCUCCCCUGGCGUUUGGUGAGGCAGGGUAGCAUGAGCUCUUGGUUACCAUGUGGGUCAGUAUCCCUGAUCCAAGCCCAGGCCUUGCUUGCUGAAGUUAUCCGUCCCUUA